UACAAUCACUUCCGCUUUCACUUUCGUGAGGGCUGAAAUUCAGGUCAGGCUCAACUCGAUCGACACGUGCUAGCAAGCUAAGUCGUGUUUUGAGGACCCAACUAUCUUUUACUGUGAUUGAUGGUGAAUUGACUCAUUGACAUGGAAACGACAACAGAUACCAGCGAAAAUGGAAAUGAUGAACAGCACGCGAUGCUCCAAGAUGUCACACGGGCUCAUGUUGAUUCUUUCAAUUAUUUCUACAAUGUUGGUAUCCACAAAAUUGUCAAGCACAUGGAUCCAGUGGAAUUUUAUCUUACUGAUGAACAAGAAGGACGACAGAGGCUUAAGAUGAGAAUUGGGAUUUCUAAAGUGAACAUAUUUCCUCCCAGGGUCCAUGUUGGAAAUAAACAUGCUGUGAACUCUAGGGUCUACCCUGCAGAGUGCCGAGAGAGAAGAACGUCCUAUCUAGGGGAGGUUCAAACCAUCAUAUCCUAUUCCUUGAGCAAUGGGAAAUCAGGCUCAGUGGAGAAAGUUGCAGGCCAAAUACCGAUCAUGGUAAAGUCAGAUGCUUGCAAUCUUGCGAACCUCAAGCCCAGUGCACUGAUCGCGCAUGGGGAAGAAGAGGAGGAAAUGGGUGGCUAUUUUAUCAUUGGAGGAAAUGAAAAAGUCAUUCGUCUUCUCAUUCAACAAAGAAGAAACUAUCCCUUGUGCCUUUGUCGGUCCUCAUGGAAGAAGCGAGGUCCAGAGUACACAGAAUAUGGUAUCUCUAUACGCUGCGUCCAGGAAGACCAGACUUCAAAUACGCUCACACUUCACUAUUUGCAAGGGGGAUCUGCAAAAUUGGCCUUUGGUCUCAACAAAGAAGUAUUUUUUGUACCAAUUGUUCUUGUAUUGAAGGGUCUCCUGGAUGUGACAGACAAGUACAUUUAUGACGAGCUGACAAGGGGCAAAGAAAAUGACACAUUCUACAAAGGCUGUGUGAUUUUCAUGUUGAGACAAGUCAUGUCCGAGAGGCUGUUCUCCCAGGCUGCUGUGCUGAAAUUCAUCGGGGAAAAGUUCCGGGUCAAGCUGUCCUUGCCUGAGUGGUACUCUGAUGAGGAGUGUGGCAGAUACCUGUUCAAGAGGAGCAUUGCGAUCCAUUUAGACAAAGAUGUUGACAAGUUUAACUUAUUAGUGUAUAUGACCAGAAAACUGUUUGCUUUUGUGAAUGGAGAGUGUGCUGCUGAGAAUCCAGACAACCCAAUGUUUCAAGAAGUACUGUUGCCUGGUCAUUUACUGCAGAUGGUGUUGAAGGAAAAACUGGAAGGUGUCUUGCUUAUGAGUAAAAAGAUGUUUCAGGAAAAGAUCAAGAGAAAGAAAGAUGCCUUUCAAACUCCGGCUGAUAUAAGACAGGUCAUUCUGAGUUCUCCACUGAUCACAAGAGCCAUGGAGUAUUUGCUGGCCACUGGAAAUCUCAUCUCAAAGACAGGACUUGGACUUAUGCAGACCAGUGGAUUUGCUGUGAUUGCAGACAAGCUGAACUUCUAUCGUUACAUCUCCCACUUCCGGGCUGUGCAUCGUGGUUCGUUCUUCACUGAGAUGAGGACUACUUCCGUGAGAAAGCUGCUGCCAGAAGCUUGGGGUUUCCUGUGUCCUGUGCACACUCCUGAUGGAACGCCUUGUGGUUUACUCAAUCACUUGACAGCUGGUUGCAAGGUUGUGAAUAUUGAGUUUCCAUUAGAGAAACUUAAUCACAUUUUGACGGAGCUGGGUAUGUGUCCUGUGUCCUCACCAAACCCCUGGUCACCCUCAGACUGUUAUACUGUCCUGCUGGAUGGAAGAAUUAUGGGGUACAUCAAUGCCUGGUCAGCGGACACAUUUAUCUCUACUCUGAGAGUUCUCAAAGUCAAGGGCAGAGGAGAGGUGCCCUUUACUCUUGAAAUCUGCCUUGUGACCCACUCGGAAGUUGCCAGUCAGUAUCCUGGAGUGUACUUGUUCUCCUCUGUGGCUCGGAUGGUUCGACCUGUGCUCAACGUCAAUGCAAAUGCUGUUGAGAUGAUUGGUUCCUUUGAGCAGGUGUACCUGGAUGUGGCCGUGAAUCAGGAUGAAGCUUAUGAUGGGGUGACCACCCACCAGGAGCUUAGUGAGCAGCAUAUGCUGAGUAUUCUGGCCAACAUGACACCCUUCUCAGACUUCAACCAGAGUCCACGUAACAUGUAUCAGUGUCAGAUGGGAAAGCAGACGAUGGGUACUCCCCUGCACGCAUACCCUCACCGCUCAGACAACAAACUGUACAGGCUGCAGACUCCCCAGAGUCCUUUGGUCCGACCAAAGAUGUACGACGCGUACAAGUUUGAUGAGUACCCACUGGGCACCAACACUGUUGUGGCUGUCAUAUCAUACACUGGGUAUGACAUGGAAGAUGCAAUGAUCCUGAACAAGUCGUCCUAUGAAAGAGGCUUUGGCCAUGGUUCCAUCGUCAAAUCUGAUGUGGUUGAUUUGAGAGAGCGGAGCAGUGAGCAUGGACGCCAUUCUUUUGUCUUUAGCUGCAUCCCCAGUGAAAAAACUGGAAGUCUUGAUGUAGAUGGACUGCCCCAUGUUGGAGCCAAGCUUACAGAUGGAACCCCUUACUACUGCUUCAAGAAUAUCCACACAGGAGAGUACAGGACAGUGAACUACCGAGGUCUGGAGGAUGCCACAGUCGAGCAGAUCAAAGUUCUAGGCGAUGACCUGGGCACUGGGGAACUCAACUGUGUCUGCUUUGUGUUGAGAGUGGCGAGAAACCCAACUAUUGGAGAUAAAUUUUCCAGCAGACAUGGACAGAAAGGAAUCUGCAGUAUGUUGUGGCCAGCGGUGGACAUGCCUUUCACAGAAAGUGGCAUGGUUCCAGACAUCAUAUUCAACCCUCACGGUUUCCCAUCUCGUAUGACCAUUGGAAUGAUGAUUGAGAGUAUGGCAGGCAAAGCUGGAGCCUUGCAUGGUCUGAACCUGGAUGCCACACCCUUCACCUUUUCAGAGAACCAGCCUGCCGUGGACUACUUUGGCCAGAUGCUUACUGCUGGUGGGUACAACUACUUUGGCACCGAGCGCAUGUACAGUGGGAUCACAGGCCAGGAGAUGGAGGCAGAUAUCUAUUUUGGCAUUGUUUACUAUCAGCGCCUGCGACACAUGGUGUCAGACAAAUUCCAGGUUCGAACGACUGGCCCUGUUGAUCAAGUUACUCAUCAGCCAGUCAAAGGUCGCAAAAGAGCUGGUGGAGUUCGUUUUGGAGAGAUGGAAAGGGAUGCCCUCAUUUCUCAUGGCACAAGUUUCUUACUGCAGGACAGAUUGUUCAAUUGCUCUGACAAAUCAAAGGCUUCAGUCUGCGGCAGAUGUCACACAGUACUCUCUCCCCUGUUAGUCCAGCAAGCAGAAGAAGGAGGGGGCAAUACCAAGUUUAAACAUCAGAUCAUCUGCCAGCAUUGUCAGCAGCGAGAUGAUAUCCAUCAGAUCUCUGUGCCGUAUGUGUUCCGCUACCUCGCCGCUGAGCUGGCCAGUGUUGGUGUUAAAAUCAACUUGGAUAUCAAGUCUGAAAUAUCCGCAUGAAGAUGCUUGUGAUUUUGUUGUGAAUGUGUUACCUUGUGUUAGAUUGACAAUGUGUUAUGCUGUGUAAAAUUACAAUUCAUGUGAAAAUGUUUUUAUCUGGGAGGGAUGAAUGAAGGGAUGGUUGAUUCCAUUUUGCAAGGUGAGGGCUGUGAAUGGUUAUUGGAAAGAAAGUAUGAAUGGGAGAAAACUGAAUGUACUUGUUAUCUUUUGUGGAGAAGCCUAAGUCUUUCUGAGCUCAAGUUUUUUUGGGCAUUAAUUUGUCUUAUGGGUGACUUCACAGAGUUUUGAGUAAUGAUGUAAAUUCUAUGCUGUAAUUUGUACAACCCUGUAAAUUAAGAAACAACAUUAAAUUUGCAAUUUGUUUUUAUAUUGAAGUUAGUCAUCAAGUCACAAGUUUCAGUAGUUGUGAUUAUUUAAGUUAACCUGUUCCUUGCCAUGUUGAUGUAUGCUGUACAUCCUGUGGACAGGGAGCUCUGUGCUGGACAUCAGAUGUAGUUUUGAUUCCCUGAAUAUUGCUGGGAAAUGAAACUUGAAUACUAAGAGUGAUAUCCAUUAAAAGCUACUCUUGUUUUAGUGUCAAUGUCUGUCUAAUUUUGGCAUGUAACAAUAUCAGUCAUGUUGAUGUGUGAAUUUGAAUGAAAUUCCUAAAAAUGGCUCAUAUUUGAAAAUUACCUGAAUUGAAUAUAGAUUUCUGUUUUUUCAUUUGUUUUUUGAUAUAAGAAGGGCUCAAGGAGUACGCUCAGAGAUGUCAGGUUUGUGCCAAUCUCUGAUACUUGAAAAUUAAGCUUUAACACUUUUAUUCCAAAAAGGGAUAUAGAGAAAAAAUCUUUGCCUCCAUCUGGUCCUUGUUUGUUUGAGUAAAGAGAAGAACAUCGACACAAUAAUGGUAAUUUAGUGGUGGGAAAAAGUAAGACAGACAGAAACAAUAGAGGGACAGUAAAGAAGUAGGACCUACCAGUGGCACCCUCCAACCACCCACGCAUAGUUCUUGGUGAAUUUGAAAGGAUCUGGGUUUAGAAAAGGAAUCUCGUGCAGUAGCAUUGGUCAUAUGUCUGUUGCAGGCAAAUUAUGUCAUACUGUGUACAUUUACAAACAAAUAGCAUUUCCGUUUAGUUUUUUGUACUUACACACCAUCUUCUUUCCAAAGGAAAUAAUCAACUGGUUCCUCCCUUCUUUUAAUGCUACUCACCUCUUUCUUAUGUCACAAGGAGACAGCACUGGCUCAUUGCCCACCUACCUCUUGUUCUUCUUCGUAUUUACACUCGGGGGACCUUGUGUCGUGGUUUGAUGGUGAGUGCACUGAGGGGUGGAAGCAGCCAGGCUGUGAACAAUAGGAGCCCACAUUUGUUUGUUUAGGUGUACAUUGGUCAUAUGUCUCCACUCUUGUUUUGGCUGCCCAGACUUACGCUUGACCAUGAGUGAGGGGGGUGGGUUGACCACCAUUGGUUGUGUUAACAGUACAGGAGCCUUUUUUCUCUUUUUGCCCAGAAUGAUAUAAUAUAGCUGGCCCUCCCUUCCUUCCUCGUUUACCUGGGCUUAACUUAGGGGGUACAUCGAAAGUGUAAACACUGUUUCUGCCUGUCAGUUGAAAGAGUUUUAACAUGGCGGAACUGUUGGAAAGGAGGACAACGGAGAACAUUUUUUCGUCAUUGGCAGGUUUUGACCCAUGGGAAAUGACUUGAGAGGUGAACACCAUACUUCUUAGAUUCUUAACCACAAGAACUCCCUGCAGCCUUCUUUCACAGUGGGUUUCAGGGGUUUGAGUCUGAUGGUGCGCUGCUUUCCCUCUAGCUUUGACGUGACUCUGAAGUGUCAAAAGGACCACUCCAGCUUUCUUUGUGUUUGAAAAAGAUCUCAUACAGAGGUUAACUAGGAAUGAGACAGGAGACAAGGUAGUUUGAACUGACAUUAUUUUAACAUAUUCAGAUGUAUGGCCUGUGUCAUCUCAGCUACCUGUCAGGGCAAGGGUCUCUGGCGAGCUACCUUGACUGCUCCAGCCAGCCAGACAGGUAUUUUAACUCUGGCCUUCUGGCUCACCACUGCUAUGUCUGUCACAUUUCAUGUUACAGUGUGAGUGACCUCUGGUUAGAAAAGAGAUUUUAGCUUUCUGGUGCACAACAAAAUGGUGAAGAACCCAGAUUGCUUUCCAGUUUUUUUUCUGUCCUGCGCAUGUGUCACAGAAUGGUCGUGAGUGGAUCACAUCAGCCUGCAGAAAGCAGAAAAUAGUAGAAUGACGUGCUUGCCACAUUGUCGCCACCUGUUUUUCUGACUAUCUCAUCGAGCUUACAUUAAAAACAAAAAUUUAGGGCCCGCUUUUUCCAACGCAAGGUUCAUACUGUUUUGGUGGUCUUUGCUUGAAGCGCAUUGAAGUUGAAGGUCCAUCAGGUACUGUCUCUCUUCCUCAGAAGCCUACCUCCUAAAUGAUCUAAAUUGUGUUGAGGGCGUAAAACGUCUACAUUUAAAAAAUGUUUAUCAAACUUCCUCCCUUUCUCAAUGUAUCUAUAUCUUGAGAGCCUAGUAGUAGUUAGGCUACUGGACCCAUAAUCAUUAGAUUGCGAGUUCAGGGGUUCGAGCCUCAGCUCAGUCUGACAUGAAUUUUUUAUUUGGUUCGUUCCUUUCAGAGGUUCCUCCUCUUAAAUAACUUAAUAUUAAUAAUGUUGAUAGGGGUGUUAAACCUAUGUUAUUUCACCAUUUGUAACUUCAAGAUACUGCAUAGCUUCUGCCAUUUUAUUAUCUUUGCAGUUGUCACAUGACGUAAAGAUUGUCACUGAUUUGUUUCAGGGGGAGGUAUUACAGAACAAUUUCUUGACAUUACUGGUUUUCUGUGACAACUCAACUUCCACUGUGGGCUAUAUUUUCUUACUCUCAGAGUAGAGAGACUUACAGUGCUGGUUUUUCCACUUAAUUUGGAAGGGAUUAAAGCAGAUCCAGCCAGGUGUAAGGCACGGACAAUAAACCAGAAAAGAGAAAUACUGAGAUCUCCUGUUUUUCCCUCCUGCCCUUCAUAUGAUGCAUGCAUUUAUUUGGGUAUCUCCUAUUCUUUCUGGGCAAGAAAUUUAAUGCGACAUGACAGAUUAUUUAUAUAGUUAACAGAUGGCAAGGAAUUGAUUAUGAUCCCUUGAAUUCUAGAAUGUCUUUGUUUCAUACUACUACAACUGAACCACAGUGGGCCAUGGUGUUUUUUUUAAAAACUAUUAAUUAAAAUAAUUUUUUCUUCAGGCACCUUGCAAGGUUUUUAUAUUAUUUUUUAAAAAGUGCUUUAUCGUUUUGCUUUUUAAGUCUUUUCUUACAACAAAAUUCCUGGUGCACUAAUUGUUAUAUUUUUUUUAGUCAGAUGCCUGAAGAUGUGAUGUCUUGUUUUAAUUAUAAAACAUGUGAAAUUAAAAACAACUUUAUGAUCCAUUCUAGCACAUGCACUGUAUUGGAGCUGUCAUCUAUCAGUUUUACUCUUUCAUUUGUUUCUGUCAUUUUGGUCAGUUACCUUGCUUUUUUCGCUGCUUGCAAGUUAUAAAUGAUCAUUAGUUUGUAAAUAAACAUUCUUCAGAUUUAUCUAUA